CUGUUCCAAGAUGGCGGCGGGUUGCUGCGGGGUGAAGAAGCAGAAACUGUCCAGCUCGCCCCCCUCCGGCUCGGGUGGCGGUGGCGGCGCCUCCGCCUCCUCCCACUGCAGCGGCGAGAGCCAGUGCCGGGCCGGGGAGUUGGGGCUAGGAGGCGCCGGGACGCGGCUCAACGGGCUGGGCGGGCUGACUGGAGGAGGCGGCGGCAGCGGCUGUCCCCUCGCUCCCCCCCAGGGCUGCGGCGGCGGCGGCGGCGGCGGGGGGAUUUCCCUGGCGCCCCCCGCGAGCUGCGGAGUGGGCAGCCUACUUUCUGCGCCGCCGGCCGCCGCCGCCUCCUCGCCCGCCGGCUUGUCCGCCGCCUCGUCCUCGGCGCCCGGCGCCCGGAAGAUGGUGGUGUCCGCCGAGAUGUGCUGCUUUUGCUUCGAUGUGCUCUACUGUCACCUGUAUGGGUACCAGCAGCCCCGGACCCCCCGCUUCACCAACGAGCCCUACCCACUGUUUGUAACAUGGAAGAUUGGACGAGACAAAAGAUUGCGUGGAUGCAUAGGUACUUUUUCUGCCAUGAACCUGCAUUCAGGACUCAGGGAGUACACACUUACCAGUGCCCUUAAAGAUAGCCGUUUUCCCCCAAUGACAAGGGAUGAGCUGCCACGGCUGUUCUGCUCUGUUUCUCUGCUCACUAACUUUGAAGAUGUCUGUGAUUAUUUGGACUGGGAGGUGGGUGUACAUGGCAUUAGAAUAGAAUUCAUCAAUGAAAAAGGAUCAAAACGCACCGCUACCUACUUACCGGAGGUUGCAAAGGAGCAAGGAUGGGACCAUAUUCAGACCAUAGACUCCUUACUGAGGAAAGGAGGAUACAAAGCUCCAAUUACUAAUGAAUUCAGGAAAACCAUAAAACUGACCAGGUACCGUAGUGAAAAGAUGACCCUGAGCUAUGCCGAAUACCUUGCUCACCGCCAGCAUCAUUUCCAAAAUGGCAUUGGGCAUUCCCUUCCGUCAUACAACCAUUAUUCCUGACACUGAGCCGCACAACCAGUCAAUGGGCCUCUCUGCAGACCUCUUCCAAGGAGACCCUACCCCUUCUUGGUCUAGCUAUCUCUUUUAUUGUACCAUUUUAUGAUGAUAGUUUCCGUUGCCAUGGUGAAGAUUCAACAUUGUUAGUUAACAUCAUCAUGGUAACGGGUAGGAAAUGGCAUUUGAAAAGAUUCUGUUUUACUAUUUUAGAUAAUUUUUUGCAGCAUAUAUAACUUUGAGGUGUUUUUUCUUACAAUAUUAUAUAGAGUUUUGCUUUGCUAUCUCAGUAAGUUUCUAUCUUUCUGUCCUUGUCUUUCUUCCUGUCUUGCCUUCCUUCUUUCAACUGUGGAUGGAAGAAAUUGUGCAGUUUUAAAGGAUUUAAUGUAGGAUUUUCUUUAGUUUUCUUCAGUAAGAUAGGUAAUUUGCUAGUUAAGUUUGCAAGUAAUUCAUAGAAAAUUCAGUUCAUCAUUUAUUACUAUCAAAUUUGUCUAAACUUUUAUUUUGCUAAGAUAGUCUAUUACAUGGGUUUCUACUUCGUAAGAAUACUUUUUCCCCCAUGAUUAAAAUAUAUAAUCUUUAUUUCUAGUAGAAAAUAUUCAAAGGUCUGUGAUAGGGCUGGUCACAGAGAGAGAAAAAUCAUUUAUGUCUACUGUGCUGGUUAUAGGAGAGACUGUCUCAUCACAUUAUAGAAUUGACUUUCAAACUGAAACAUUGUUUCAAGAAAGUACAAGUUAUGUUUCAGAUAUGCUAUGGAAAUCAUUUUUGAAGAGCUAUGAAUAUCAGA